AUGGUCAUUUCACCGGAACUCCUCCAACAUAUGGUUACGAUGCAGACCGAGCAGAAGAGCAGCGGCGGCACCAUGACAUCCUGCCGUACAUCGACGACUCGCCGUCGUCCUCGCCGCAUCUCAGCUCCAAGAGCCGCAGCAGCCGGGACACGCUCUCCUCAGGAUCGCUGGAGUCCUCCAAGUCGACGGAGUGUGACCUUGAAAAGGGUUUGGAGAUGAGGAAGUGGGUCCUGUCCGGGAUCUUGGCCACAGAAGAAGCAUACCUCAGCCACCUAGAGGCACUGCUCCUGCCAAUGAAACCAUUAAAGGCUGCUGCCACAACGUCGCAGCCUGUUCUCACAGUGGCCCAGAUAGAAACCAUCUUCUUCAAAGUGCCUGAGCUCUACGAGAUCCACAAGGAGUUCUACGACGGACUUUUGCCCCGCGUCCAGCAGUGGAGCCACCACCAGAGAGUUGGGGACCUCUUCCAGAAACUAGCCAGCCAGCUGGGAGUGUAUCGGGCAUUCUUGGACAACUAUGAGCUUGCUGUAGAGACAGCGGAAAAGUGCUGCCAGGCCAACUCACAGUUUGCUGAAAUCUCUGAGAACCUGAAGGUGAGGAGCCCUAAAGACUGUAAGGAUACAGCCAAGAACUCACUGGAGGCUUUGCUGUAUAAACCAGUGGACCGAGUGACGCGCAGCACAUUGGUGUUACAUGACUUGCUCAAACACACACCCACCAGCCACCCGGACCACCCGCUCCUGCAGGACGCCCUGCGGAUCUCCCAGAACUUUCUGUCCAGCAUCAACGAGGAGACGACGCCGAGGCGCCAGUCUCUAGCUGGGAAGAAGGGAGAGAACCGGCAGCUGCUGAAGGACAGUUUCAUGGUGGAGCUGGUGGAGGGAACCAGGAAGCUGCGGCACGUCUUCCUCUUUACUGACCUGCUGCUCUGCGCCAAGCUGAAGAAACAGAUUGGAGGUAAAAACCAGCAGUACGACUGCAAGUGGUACAUCCCCCUGACGGAGCUGACCUUCCAAGGCCCAGAAGAGACGGAGCCCCUCACCAUUCCCCAAGUCCCAGAUGAAGAACUGGACGCCGUCAAGGUCAAGAUCUCACACCUCCGCAGUGAGAUUCAGAGGGAGAAGAGAGCCAACAAGGGUUCCAAAGUCAUCGACCGACUUCGGAAGAAACUGUCUGAACAGGAGUCUUUGCUGCUGCUAACGUCUCCCAGCAUGCCCCUCAGAUUAUUCAACAAGAACGGAAAGAGCUACAGCUUCCUGAUUUCCUCUGACUACGAACGUUCAGAGUGGAGGGAGAUAAUCAGGGAGCAGCAGCAGAAAUGUGUUAAAACGCCCUCACUGACGUCCAUGGAGCUGCAAAUGUUGACCAGCUCCUGUCUCAAACUCCAAACCGUCCACAACAUUCCACUUAGUCUGAAUAAAGAAGAGGACGACUCCUCCGGUCUCUACGGGUUUCUGAAUGUAAUCGUCCACUCUGCCUCUGGCCUCAAACAGAGUUUAAAUCUCUAUUGCACAUUGGAGGUGGACUCAUUCGGCUUCUUUCUAAAUAAAGCAAAGACGAGAGUCUACCGGUACACCACCGAACCCAAAUGGAACGAGGAGUUUGAGAUCGAGCUGGAGGGCUCUCAGACCCUGAGGUUGCUCUGCUACGAGAAGAGCUACAACAGGACCAAGCUGAACAAAGAAGACGGAGACGGCACAGACCGCAUCAUUGGGAAAGGACAGAUCCUGCUGGACCCUCAGACUCUUCAGGGCAAAGACUGGCAGAGAACAGUCAUUCCUAUGAACGGGAUUGAAGUUAAGCUGUCUAUGAAGUUCACCAGCAGAGAGUUCAGCCUGAAGAGGAUGCCCUCAGAGAAACCCAUGGGCGUGUUUGGCGUUAAAAUCUCAACAGUAACCAAACGGGAACGCUCCAAGGUGCCCUACAUUGUCCGUCAGUGCCUAGAAGAGAUAGAGAGGAGAGGCAUGGAGGAGGUGGGAAUAUACCGCGUAUCAGGGGUGGCCACAGAUAUUCAGGCCCUGAAGACCGCCUUCGACACCAAUAACAAAGAUGUGUCGGUGAUGAUGAGCGAGAUGGACGUAAAUGCCAUCGCUGGAACCCUGAAGCUGUAUUUCAGAGAGCUGCCCGAGCCUCUCUUCACUGAUGAGCUCUACCCUAAUUUCGCAGGCGGCAUCACCCUCACUGAUAGUGUUGCCAAAGAGAGCUGUAUGCUGAACCUGCUGCUGUCACUGCCAGAACCCAACCUGGUCACGUUCCUUUUCCUUUUGGAUCACCUCAAGAGGGUGGCAGAUAAGGAAAGUGUCAACAAGAUGUCUCUGCACAAUCUAGCGACCGUGUUUGGCCCUACUCUGCUCAGGCCGGCGGAGAAGGACAGCAAGAUCCCCGCCAACCCCACUCAGCCCAUCAGCAUGGGGGACAGCUGGUCUCUGGAAGUUAUGGCACAAGUCCAGGUUUUGCUGUAUUUCCUGCAGCUGGAAACCAUCCCCACCCCGGACAGUAAACGACAGAGCAUCCUCUUCUCCACCGAAGUGUAG